AUGUCCACCCCCGCCGCCAAGCGCCAAAAGUCCUCCAAGGACGUCCCGUACCACCUAGUCUACUGGCCCGGAGUCCCCGGCAGGGGCGAGCAUGUCCGUCUGGCCCUCGAGGAAGCCGGUGCCUCGUACACAGACACCGCACACAUCAAGGACGGCGUCAAUGAGGUGCUGGCCCAGGUCGACGCCAAGAACAUCGGCGAUGAGACCAGCCCUCCCCCAUUGGCGCCACCCAUCCUGAAGCACGGCGACCUCACCAUCAACCAGACCCCCAACAUCCUGCUGUACCUCGGCCCAAAGCUGGGCCUUGCCCCGAAGCCCGGUGAUGACGACGAGGACGGCUUGUUCAUCGUCAAUGAGCUGGCCCUCACGGCACUGGACGGCCUGAGCAAUGAGCCGCACGACUGCCACCACCCCAUCGCCAGUGGGCUCUACUACGAGGACCAGAAGGAGGAGUCCCUUAGGAAGAGCAAGGACUACGUCGCCACUCGCCUUCCAAAGUUCCUCGGCUACUUCGAGCGAGUCCUCAAGAGCAAGGCGAGCGGCGACGGGCCCUGGCUGUACGGCGGGAAGCUGACCUACGCCGAUCUGGUGCUGUUCCAGUGCUUCGAUGGUAUCAAGUUCAUGUUCCCCAAGGCCGUCAAGAAGCUGGAGGACUCCGGUGACUACAAAGGUGUCUUUGCCCUGCAUGAAGCGGUCAAGGAGAGGCCCAACAUCAAGGCAUACUUGGCCAGUGACCGGCGACAAAAGUAUAGCCAAGGGAUUUACAGGUACUACGGAGCUGGAUGUGACUGA